AUGGAGUUGCAACAAGUUGUGUCCAAUUUAAAGACCUAUGCACCAACAUCACUGGCUGGAAGCUGGGAUAAUGUGGGUUUACUUGUUGAACCAUCAGCACCACAUAUUGUCAAAACUCUUUUCCUUACUAAUGACUUAACCCCACCUGUUCUGGAUGAAGCUAUUGAGAAGAAAGCAGAUAUGAUAUUAUCUUACCAUCCACCCAUAUUUUCUGCUAUGAAGAGACUGAGACAGAGUGUAUGGAAAGAAAGGUUGAUUGUUAAAUGUAUUGAGAAUAAAAUUGCUGUAUAUUCACCUCAUACAUGUUUUGAUGCUAAAUCUGCUGGAGUUAAUGAUUGGCUCAUUAGUGCCUUUGAGUUGAGUAAUUUAGCAAUGCUAAACCCAGUACCAAAGAUUGGAUUUGGAGGUGGAAGGGUUGGAAAGUUAAAAACACCUAUAACUGUGUCAGAAGCUGUUGAUAGGAUUAAAACACAUUUACAAUUAAAUCACAUUCGACUUGCUGCUAAACCUAGUAAUAAACCAAUACAAAGUGUAGCAGUAUGUGCAGGGUCAGGUUCUAGUGUAUUAAGAGGUGUUAGAGCUGAUCUCUAUGUAACUGGUGAAAUGUCUCAUCAUGAUGUAUUAGAUGCUGUAUAUAAUGGAGCUAAUGUUAUAUUAUGUGAACAUAGUAAUACUGAGAGAAGAUAUUUAAAACAAGUUAAACAAGAACUAUAUAAGACUCUAACUGAUGUUUCAAUUGUGAUAUCUGAUAUAGACACAGAUCCUCUUCAUAUAGUGUAA